AUGUGGAACAAACUCAUUCUAUUGAAUGUUGUAGCACUUACUUUUAACUACAUUGCCUUAGCCUACGAGCCAAGCCCCCUCCAAGAUUUUUGUGUAGCCGACCCCAACAGCUCAGUCAAAGUAAAUGGUGUAACAUGCAAGAACCCAAUGCAAGUUCAAGCGGAGGAUUUCUUCUUCAGUGGGCUACACCUCAGGGGUAACACAUCAAACCAAUUGGGAUCAAAGGUGACCCCAGUCUUUGCAACUCAAUUACCGGGGCUAAACACAUUAGGCAUCUCAAUGGUUCGAAUUGACUAUGCACCAUGGGGACUUAAUCCUCCUCACACCCACCCAAGAGCCACAGAGAUUCUUACAGUUCUUGAAGGGACCCUACAAGUUGGAUUUGUCACUUCUAAUCCUGAUAACCGCUUUAUCACCAAGGUGUUGCAAAAGGGUGAUGUUUUCGUGUUCCCUGUGGGACUUGUUCAUUUCCAACGGAAUGUGGGUAAUGGAAAUGCUGUUUUGUUAUUGCUGCAUUAA